AGUGAAUCUGCACAGAUGUUGCAUGUGCAAAACCCAGAUAUAUUUUUACGUCUUGAAACGAAAAGAAACUAAGCUGGACUGACCAUUUCAGUUCUUGCCAAAUUCAACAUGAAAACAGGAAGACGGAAGGCAAUAUGGAGGACGUUGUGUUUUGCAGUGACUUUAGCGCUAACUAUUUUUCUGCGGAAAAUUAUUUCAAAUUUGAGGAACAAAUCUGCGAUGCCGCUGACCCGUCUGACUGACUCGGAAAGGGUCUUGUCAGAGGGAGAAUUUUACGUGCUGAAGAACGCUUUCAACUACAAAGAGAGCCAGCAUGAGCGCACGGGACUAAGAAUGCUCCCUGCACUCUACAAGCAUCUACCAGCUAUUAGAGCGAAGUACUCAGUCAUGUCGCCUCAAAUACCGAAGUUUAUCGCUGAACUCAAGGAAGAUUUAAAAGAGAGAGGAAUUACAAAGAAACCUUGGAAAUUGGCACGCCAGUGGGCGAAGCCAACGUCGCUGACCCCGGCUUCGGACCCUGGUCUGGGCGACGUGCUGGCAGCUCUUUCCACCGCCAACAUAACAACUGCUGAUCUCAGCGAUAAAGGAUCACAGCUCAAGAUCAUACUUAAGCUUGAAGGAGGGCAGACUGUUAUUUUUAAACCGAUGAGAUAUUCCCGAGAUGAGAGUUUAGAAGACGCCUAUUUUACCUUCGAUCGCCAUAAUGGAGAGAUCGUCGCCUUCCACCUGAGCAGAGUGUUGGACAUGCGAAUGGCGCCUCUCACCGUGGGUCGAAAAAUAUCGCUGGAAACUGAAAUAUUGCCCGUUUCAACGAAAAGACUUUCGGACACAGUAUUUCGCAACGAGGACGGAGAUCUCUGCAUCUUCGGAAACUGUGUGUACUGCAGCAAGAAAUGGCCUGCGUGCGAGAAGGACCAGUAUCUCGAGGGCGCUGUCAUCACGUGGCUUCCGGAACAUUACAUAUCGUCCGAGCCACACCAUCCCUGGGGACGAACGUAUAUAAAAAACAAGCUAGCUGACUGGGAAAAGGACGCGCGCUUCUGCCAAACGGUUCUCCGCACCUUCCACCCGCGGAAACUUCUAGAUCUCAUCGAUGCGGCAGUUUUCGAUUUCCUGAUUCAGAAUGUCGACAGGCAUCACUUCGCUCAGACCUCGGGCGCUAAGGAUUCUCCUGUGGUGUUGAUAGACAAUGCGAAAAGUGUUGGAAAUGCCUUUGUUGACUGGAUGGAUAUCCUGGCACCAGUUCUACAGUGUUGCAGAAUGCGGAGGACGACCUAUAAAAAGCUCGUAUUCCUGAGCGGCGGCGGCUUAUCCCAGGCAAUGCAAGAACUACUCGCUUUCGACCCCGUGGCUCCCGUCCUUACGCCCGCCCACCUGCGCGCCAUGGACCGAAGGGUAUUGCACGUCUUGGCUGCCAUGGAAGCGUGCGUGGCUGCGAAAGGCGGUGGGGACGGUGUUCUCUUCUAGUGGUUAAUGGUUUAAAACAAAUGAAUGUGCCAGACGACUAAUGGUUUAAAACAAAUGAAUGUGCUGGAUUACUAAUGGUUUAAAUAAAGAAAUGUGAUAGAUGA